AUGUUGGCAUAUGGAGCGCCUGCCGAUUAUGUUGAUGAGUAUGUUCGAAUUGGUGAAACUACCGCUAUUGAAUGUCUAGUCAAUUUCGUUCGAGGAGUGAAUGACAUUUUUGGGACCGAAUAUUUAAGACGACCCAAUGCUGGGGACAUUCGUCGCUUACUUCAAAUGGGGGAGGUGCGUGGUUUUCCAGGCAUGUUGGGAAGCAUUGAUUGUAUGCACUGGGAAUGGAAAAAUUGCCUAGUUGCAUGGAAAUGUCAAUUCACGCGAGGUGAUCACGGCAGACCAACAAUCAUACUCGAAGCAAUUGCGUCACAAGAUCUUUGGAUAUGGCAUGCAUUUUUUGGUGUUUCAGGAUCCAAUAAUGAUCUCAACGUGUUAAAUCAAUCCCCAAUAUUCACUGAUAUCUUACAAGGGCAAGCUCCGAGAGUUGAGUUUACGAUAAAUGGCACACAAUACAACAAGGGGUAUUAUCUAGCAGAUGGUAUCUAUCCAGAGUGGGGUACAUUUGUUAAAACUAUCCUACUGCCUCAAGGAGAGAAAAGAAAAUUAUUUUCCCGAUGCCAAGAAGCGGUACGCAAAGAUGUUGAGCGAGCAUUUGGAGUACUUCAAUCUCGUUUUGCUAUUGUACGAGGACCAGCACAUUUUUGGCAAAGAGAUAUUCUCAAAGAUAUUAUGUAUGCAUGCAUCAUAUUGCACAACAUUAUUGUCGAGGAUGCAUAUGAGAGUUUGUUUGAUUUUAAUUAUGAUGACAGCCCCACCAACACUCAAAUGGUUGAAGUAUUGCAUGAACAUAUUUCUGACUUCCCGACAAUGCUUCAAAGAAAUGCUGAAAUUCGUGAUAGAAACAUUCAUCGCAAUCUUCAUGUAACGACCCAAAUUUGCUAA